CCCCCGCCCCGCGUCCCUCCGCACCGGCGCCUCCGUAGCCUGCGACUUUGCAUCUCUUUUUUUUUUUUUUUUUUUCAUUGCUGUUAUCGCUCUUUGCCGUUUCUGCCUCUAAACGCUACUUUGCGUGGAAGAAGGAGAAGGGAAAAAGUUGGGAGCGGAUGGCUGUAGUUUCUUCUCUGGGAUCCUCAUUCAUUCCUCGCUGAACCUCCUGUUGCAUAAAUGAUGCUCCGGGAGCGAGGCUUUUUCUUUUUUUUUCUCCUCCGGAUUUGGGUUUAGAGUGGAUGUUACCGGGUUUCGAUCGCCUCUUUGGAAAUACAAUAUCGCUUUUUUGUUGUUGUUGUUUUUGCUGCCCCUCCAUCUUUUUUCCCUCCCUUCUUCUCAACUACCCACCCCCGACCCCCACCCCCCUGAAAAAUCCGAUUGUGUUUCCUGCAAGGCUCGGGACUGGGUUUCUGAUUGCGGUUAUUUCCAUGUUUCUAGGUUUGUGUGAUUUUGCUAAAAUGCAUCACCAACAGCGAAUGGCUGCCUUAGGGACGGACAAAGAACUGAGUGAUUUACUGGAUUUCAGUGCGAUGUUUUCACCUCCUGUGAGCAGUGGGAAAAAUGGACCAACUUCCUUGGCAAGUGGACAUUUUACUGGCUCAAAUGUAGAAGACAGAACUAGCUCAGGGUCCUGGGGGAAUACAGGACAUCCUAGUCCAUCCAGGAACUAUGGAGAUGGGACUCACUAUGAUCACAUGGCGAGCAGAGACCUUGGGUCGCAUGACAAUCUCUCUCCUCCCUUUGUCAAUUCCAGAAUACAAAGUAAAACAGAAAGGGGUUCGUACUCAUCGUAUGGAAGAGAUUCGAAUUUACAGGGUUGCCACCAGCAAAGUCUCCUUGGAGGUGACAUGGAUAUUGGCAACCCAGGAGCGCUCUCCCCCACUAAGCCUGGCUCCCAGUACUAUCAGUAUUCUAGCAAUAACCCCCGGCGGAGGCCUCUCCACAGCACCUCUAUGGAAGUACAAACAAAGAAAGUUCGAAAAGUUCCUCCAGGUUUGCCAUCUUCAGUUUAUGCCCCGUCAGCAAGCACUGCCGACUACAAUAGGGAUUCACCAGGUUAUCCAUCCUCAAAACCAGCAGCCAGCACUUUUCCUAGCUCCUUCUUCAUGCAAGAUGGCCAUCACAGCAGCGACCCGUGGAGCUCCUCCAGCGGGAUGAACCAGCCUGGGUACGGGGGCAUGCUGGGCAACUCUUCUCACAUCCCCCAGUCCAGCAGCUACUGCAGCCUGCACCCGCACGACCGCUUGAGCUACCCAUCACACUCCUCAGCAGACAUCAACUCCAGUCUUCCUCCGAUGUCCACCUUCCACCGCAGUGGCACAAAUCAUUACAGCGCAUCUUCUUGCACACCCCCUGCCAACGGGACGGACAGUAUCAUGGCAAACAGAGGAAGUGGGGCAGCAGGCAGCUCGCAGACUGGUGAUGCGCUGGGGAAAGCACUUGCCUCUAUCUAUUCUCCAGAUCACACCAACAACAGCUUUUCAUCAAAUCCUUCAACUCCUGUUGGUUCUCCCCCUUCUCUCUCAGGCACAGCUGUUUGGUCUAGAAAUGGAGGUCAAGCGUCAUCAUCUCCCAAUUAUGAAGGUCCCUUACACUCUUUGCAAAGCCGGAUCGAGGACCGCCUGGAGAGACUGGACGACGCCAUCCACGUGCUGCGCAACCACGCGGUGGGGCCCGCCACCGCCAUGCCGGGGGGCCACGCCGACAUGCACGGCUUGAUAGGGCCGUCGCACAACGGAGCCAUGGCCGGUCUGGGGUCCGGCUACGGCACCGGCCUGCUCUCCGCCAACCGGCACUCGCUCAUGGUCGGAGCCCACCGCGAGGACGGGGUCAGCCUCCGCGGGAGCCACUCGCUCGUGCCAAACCAGGUCCCCGUCCCCCAGCUGCCCGUCCAGUCCGCCACGUCCCCGGAUCUGAACCCGCCCCAGGACCCGUACAGGGGCAUGCCAACUGGACUGCAAGGGCAGAGCGUCUCUUCGGGUAGCUCCGAAAUCAAAUCUGACGACGAGGGAGAUGAAAACCUCCAGGACACAAAGUCUUCUGAGGACAAGAAACUAGAGGAUGACAAGAAGGAUAUCAAAUCAAUUACUAGGUCAAGAUCUAGCAAUAACGAUGACGAAGACCUGACACCGGAGCAGAAGGCCGAGAGGGAAAAGGAAAGGAGAAUGGCCAACAACGCUCGGGAGCGCCUCCGCGUCCGCGACAUCAACGAGGCUUUCAAGGAGUUGGGCCGGAUGGUGCAGCUCCAUCUGAAGAGCGACAAGCCCCAGACCAAGCUCCUGAUUUUACACCAGGCUGUGGCUGUCAUCCUCAGCUUAGAGCAGCAAGUCAGAGAAAGAAAUCUGAAUCCUAAAGCAGCGUGUCUGAAAAGAAGGGAAGAAGAGAAAGUAUCUUCAGAUCCUCCUCCGCUUUCCCUGGCAGGACCCCACCCUGGGAUGGGAGAUGCCUCCAAUCACAUGGGACAGAUGUAAAAAAAGGUCCAAGUUGCCACAUUUCUUCAUUUAAGCAAGAGACCACUUCCUUAACAGCUGUAUUAUCUUAAACCCACAUAAACACUUCUCCUUAACCCCUUUUUUGUAAUAUAAGACAAGUCUGAGUAGUUAAGAAUCACAGACGCAAGAGAUUUCAGCAUUCCCGAUUAUUAAAACCGAGAAAAAACAAACAAAAAGUGCAACUUGAGGGACGACUCUCUUUAACAUAUCAUGCAGAAUGUCUAACGCAGUAUGUUACGAGCUGUAAGUGCACAGCCUAGAGACUGAAUGGCAAUCUUCUCCACACUGUGGGACAAUGCAUUUGUGCCUAAACUUCUUUUGGAAAAAAAAAAAAAAUAUAAUUAAUUUGUAAGUCUGAAAAAAAUAUUUAAUUUAAAAUUGUAAACUUGCAAUAAUGAAAAAGUGUACUUCUGAAGAAAAAAAAAUGAGCGUUUUUGUUGGUGUGCUAGACAGCUAGUGUUUAUACUUACUGGAUAUUAAAAGGGAAGCUUUGCUGCCCAGAUAUUUACAAAACCAGCAAACGUCCUAAUGAAAACUGAAGCGAUGACAUUAGCCAUUCCUUAGGGUAGGAGAAACAGAUGGAUCUUAUAGACCUAUGACAAAUAUAUAUAUAUAAAUAUAUAUAUAAAUAUAUAUUAAAAAUUUAGUGAAUAUGGUAAGCUUUUGUUCAUUUGUUUCAGACUUUUUUGCUCCUGUAAAAAAAUAGUACUGAUUAACUUUUUUAAAAAGAAGAUUUUACUGUAAAUAAGGAUUUUUUUGUCUUAUUUCUGUCCCUCUCCCCUGUUUUUGUUAUUGUAACCUGUAGUGCCAACUCUGUCUCUGGAGGGGUAGUGCAGGAUGAAACGCUGACCCUGACGUUGCUUCUCAUUCAUAACUAAAGUAGAGAGUUGUUUCUUCAGUCUUUGGGGAAGACAGGACUUUGGGGCCGGCGGUGUGCCGGCACCCCGGGCGCGGGAGCGAGCCCCGGCCGCCCCGCUGCUCCGCUCGACCCUUUUCUGGGAUUUUCAGAGGUACAAGGUUAGAAUGCUACAAUGUUACCACUGUGCCUUCCAAUGUUUAUAUCAUCGGAAACAUAACAUAAUCAAAGUGGCUGUGAUUAACGAACCGAUUAAAGUGUUACCUAUGUGUGUAGCCUAAAUAGUGUGCAGUGAGGCGUUGCUGAAUACAUGGUCAGAUUUGGGGGGGGGGGGGGACGACACACACCAUCGCGGGGGAAAAUUGCAAGUAGUGUGACAGAUUUGAUCGACUUCUUUUUCUGUUGUUCUUCUCUCGUUUUUAAGUGGAUUAUUUAAGUGUAGACCACUCGCUGCCUCCUCCUUUCUUUGUGAAAUGCCAAUUUCGGUCAUCAUGCAGCAUUAUAACAAGCCUUAUGAGUCCUAAAGCAUUAAGUUGCACUUUCUCGAGGAGGGGUGGUAGUACAGUAUUUCUCUGGCCAGUACGAAUGAAGUUUUUACUUAACAUAUUUAAUAGUAACAUAGCUCAAACUAUGGCACAGCAGCUCAUCAGAUAACUAGCUUUGAAGUCUGGGCACAAUUGAACCAACUUCCAUAGUGAAUCUUAAUAACGAUUGACUUUGGUGUACAGUACGAUUAACAGAUAGUGCUCCUAGUUAAGUAUUUGUCAGCAUCCUUUUGUCUCUAAUUCCAGUUUCUAUUUUUACAGCCACACCAACCUGGCAUGUAUUUUAAAUAAAAUCUCCCUGUUCGAGUAGAUUUUCCACCUAUCAACACUGAAUAAAUGCCAUAAAUCCAUCAAACGGUCUAAAUGUUCCAUCUGUUCUCCUGUUUUGCCAGUUAUAUAGUAAUGAAAAAUACAUUUGUAAAUUUUAUGCAACAAAUGGCAAACGUAUCAUUAUUUUGAAAUUGUGUAUGUAAAAGUUAUAUUUUUACAUGUAGACUCUUGUUAUUAUGUGUUUUAAUACAUUGUAUCAGUUUUUUUGUUUAUAAAAAUCUGUGUGGUUGAAAAAAAGUCUCAUUUAAAUGAAAUAGUGAGAUACAAGAAUCUGAAUUUUAUGUUUGUUUCUGAAAACGUAAAGAACAAAUAUGAUAGUUACCACGUGCUCACCUUCGACAUCCCCAUACCCAUUUGGAUUAGCUGUGUGCGUGCUGAAAACUGUAAAUAUGUUCAGUAGCGAUAAAACUUUCAAUGUUUUGAUUUGUCGAUAAGUUUCUCAAAUGUGGAGGUGGAUUCAACUGCUAGAGCAGACGCUAGAGGAGACCACACUAAGGCUUAAUUCCGAGUUACAGAGGCUUAUUGCAGGAGAAACGCUGGACUUGGAGCAGGCCUGGUUUAUCUGAGAGGGGGUCUAAUAAAGCUUGAGCCCACCCGGCGCUAACGACGGCCAGUGGUCCCCUCGGCAGGCCGGAGGGCUCUGCUGCUCCGAGCCGCGCGGGUUGUCCCUCUGGAUGGCGUGAAGAGCACGAUGCCGAUGAACAAGCCAUAUAUUUUUUUCCAGGAGACCUCAGACCCGGUGGACCACACUCGGUUUCGGUCUGUCCGAGUGCACCACUCGAUCGGGGUAGGGACCGGCAAGGAGAUCAUCGCCGAGAUGCUGAGGACUGUGCUUCUGAUAAACGAUGUAAAAAAAAAAAAAAAAAAAAUUAUAAGACCAACUUCAUGUUUAUUUAAAACAAUCUGUGGACAGAAAAUAAAUGACGAGUUUAGUUUCUGGAACUUAAAGAGAAAGAAAAAGCUUUUCUUGUUCCGCUCGCACUCGGCUCGCUGAACUCGAGGAGCAGCUCGGGGCCGUGCCGCGGGACGGAUGCCGGCGGCGCGCUGCGGGCGCUCCCAGGCUUGCAGUCCCUCCUUUGCGCAGGAUGCGCCCUCGUCCGUCCUGGAUUUAAGAACUGAGGAUCCUGGCCGGCUUCUGCUCCAGACGAGGCAAGAUUUAAAAACAAAAACGCCCCACGAGCGUGUAAUCCUUCAUUUUUUCCGUUAUUUCCCAGCCCAGGUAAGGUGUGCGCAUCUCGAGCUGCCUUUCUCCGAGGGGAUUGAGCUGAUGAUACUUAGUGAAAGCGGUGAAGGUUUUAGAAAGCUGUACCCUGUGGUAAUAAAACCGGGCUAAGAAACUCGCAAAGAAAGAAAUAAAAUACUGAAUUAGCAGCUUUUUCUGAACUGAUCCACCUCCACAUUCAAGUAAUUUAUGAAUAUGCUGAAUAGGGAAUCUGUUCAUCUAGAACUUUUUUACCAUUUGUCUUCUGUGUAGCUGCAAGGAACACUAAUGUUUAUACAACUGUCAGUCCUACCAGUGAUGCAACUUGUACUGAUUCAGUCUUCCGAGGUUUUUUGGGUUUUUUUUAGGGUUUUUUUCAGGGGCGGGGCGGGGGGAGGCAACGAAGACGGGUGGUCAGGGAGAGGAGGGGUUCACCUUUGUAUCCAAUAGGCAGAAUAUGAUCCGUGUCCAAAAGCGAACAAUACAGAAUAUUGCCAGGAAUGAAGAGAUUUCAGCGGAAACAAGCACAAAUAAAAAAAUAAAAAAUAAAUUAAAAAAAAAAAAGAAAAAAAAAGGAAAAAAAAAAAGAAAAAGAAAAAAUUAGUCCACUGGUUGACUGGAAAAAAAAACCUAGAGGUGGAAUACGAUGAAUUCCAACACAGCGGGGCACCAGGGCCCGGGGGGGCCCUACCUUUUCGUUUUGUUUUUGUUUUGUUUGUUUGUUUUUUAAAAAACAUGUUCUUUCUCAUGGGACUUGAAGUUGAUUCAUAUUUGUGCAGUGCUGGUUUGACCAUACUCAUUUCAAGUAUUAUAGACUUAUGUAAUGGUGAAAAUAUAUGAACUGUGGCCUUUUUCAUUCUUGUUACUUGUGAUGCAAUUAAGUGAAGAUAAGAAAAAAAAAAAAGCAGAGAUUUACCAUGUAUCAGUGCCUGGCUUUUUGUUAUAAAGCUUCGUUUGUCUAGUGCUCUUUUUGCUAUAAAAUAGACUGUAGUACACCCUAGUAGGAAAAAAAAAACUAAAUUUAAAAAUAAAAAAUAUAUUUGGCUUAUUUUUCACAGGAGCAAUCCUUUUAUACCAUGAAUAUUACGGAAAAAAAAAAAAUUGUCAGAUUCUGAAUAUUUCUUCUUUGUAGAUUUUUGGAAUCAUUCUGAGUAAAAGUUUGUUACUUUAUUUUACUAUUUAAAAGAUGUUAUUUUACCAUGUGUUAUUGAGAUGAAACUGUAUGGUAGCUUUUUUUUUUUAGUUGUAGGUCGCAACGGGGAAAUUUUUGCGACUAUACACAUAGCUGCAGCAGUAAAAACAAAAAACAGGAAAAAAAUGAAAAAAAGGGAAAAAUAUUAAAAAAAAAAAAAAAGAUGAACAGUUACACCUUGUUUUCAAUGUGUGGCUGAGUGCCUCGAUUUUUUCAUGUUUUUGGUGUAUUUCUGAUUUGUAGAAGUGUCCAAACAGGUUGUGUGCUGGAGUUCCUUCAAGAAGAUGACAAGCAAACAAAGACAGCUUGGUGUAGGCCAUUACCUGUUUCUCAUCUGUAGUUAUUCGAUGCCGUCAUGUACAUGACCGUUCUGUAGCAAUAAAUGUGCCAUUUUUAUAAACCGUU